CUAGCGGGAUAAGAAUGCAUCGUGUACUUUUAGCCAUUCACGUUUUUGUCCAUUUCAAUUGUUGUUCUGAAUUAAUUUUGUAAUUGUUACUUUAUUUCGUACUUUGUAAAAAACUGUUAUUGUUCGUGGUGGUGGUGCUCAGGUGGUGGUGGCUUUUUUGGGGUCGGGGGGACAAUAAAAAUGAUAGAAUUUCAAGUGCCGCUUUUGAAAGAGUUAUCUUACUUUGAAAUUAUCACUUUUGGAGUGGUUACAAUCUCCAUUUUGUUCACUUUGUGCGUGUUAGUGGUGAAGACCUAUAGGAGGAUUAGGAACUCAAUUCCUGCCAAGGUUAAUUGCUGGUUUUGCAAUGAAGAUACCAAGGUGCCACGACUUUCGAAAAAUGGAUGGAUUUGUCCUAGUUGCCAGCAAUAUAAUGGAUUUAAUGAGGAUGGGAGUUACAACAAAAGAAUUCCGUCACAAUUUAUAGAAUCCUUAAAUCGCCCUAUUCUUGGAGGACGGCCGACUGAAAACCUUGACCAAGAUUCUAAUCAUCAAACGUUCCAAUUAUGCGAAGGAUGUAACUUGAACCAAGAACUGAAAUAUUUUCAGCUAGCACAGUAUGUCCCUGUUAAGGAGGAUAAUUAUGAUGCGGAAAUUGAAGCUGAAGAGCGAAGGUUGGAUCAAGUAUAUGACAUAUGCGUGGCAUGUAAGAAGAUUGUCCGACAAGCAUUAAACGGAAAUGCAAGAAAUUCAUCCCAGGAACAACAAGUGCGUCCUCCAUCAAAUUCUGUAGAACGUCCAGGUCGACCAAGUACUCCUGUUCCAAUGCCGCUAAAUCACCGACCAAGAAGGACACCAGAAAAUCCGAAUCAAAAUCAAAAUAUGUCUCAAUCUGAAGACAAUAAUGAUUUAACAGAAUUGACACAGCUGCAUAUUGGUUCUAAUAAGCCAAGAUCUCAAGCUGGAUCUAUCUUUGGUGGCUCCACUAAUGGAAAUUCAAUCAGCUUUGUAGAUUGGAACAUGAAGCAGCAACGAUCUACGUUAGGCAAUUAUUCUCCAUCCCCACCGCCUCUUUCUACAAUUUCUGGAUAUUUUGGAGAUAAACAAGCCUCCGUAUUACCACAGAAUUCUUGGCAACAAAACGUACCCCAACCCAUGUAUCCUUAUUCAAUGAGCAAUUUACAUCAAGCCUCAUCCCCCUUUAUGAACUACCCAUCCAUACCUGAUACUUAUCAAUACAACUACAAGAGCUCUUCUGUAGCAUCGGUCUUUGGAGGGGGUCGAAAACCAAUCCUCUCACCCUCAAUAUUGGCCGGUGGCGGUGGUUCAUUGUUGAGCUCUCAAGAACAACAACGAUUUCAGCAACGGUCUCCGGUCGGAUUUCGUCACUAUAACCACAUGUGCUACUGCCCACAAAAUGGCGUAUCUGCCUUUAGAUCGUAUAAUCUUGUCUACGGAGGAAGAAAUAUGGCAUUAUCUCCAGCUGAAUUAAAUUCAUCUCCACCACUAUACAAUUACAUGCCGCAAGAAAAGUACCCACACAACAAUUACUCUAAUUCUUCCAGUCAGAGUUCUGGCUUCGUCUCUGUGACUCGUGAUGAUUACAACAGUAGCAGUCAAAGGACUUCCUCUUCACCUUCGCGAUUUUCGACAACCCCAAACUCUGGCCUUGAUGACGAUGAUCAAAUGUGCUCUUCACAAAAUUCACGAUUUUCAAAUGUUAAUAGAGGAGGAGGAGAACGAAGAUAUCUGCCUAACCCAAAGAUCUUUCAACGCCAACACGUUACAAGGUCUACUUCUCGUAAGUUACCAAAUACGAAUAAUAAGAAGAAGAGAAUGAGCUCAAAUUCCCAGGAUGGGUUAUUCUUUUCGGAUGAUGAUGAAGAUGACAAAGAAUCUAAGGGCUCUCCUGCUGCUGUUAACGGAAAAUUGCAUCGCCAUAGGCCUAGUUCUGUUCCUAAUCCUACUACUACUUCCCCCAUUCAGAAAUCAGGAAACGUCAUGAAAAGGAUUGGUGGAUGCCUGGGAACUGCACUGUCACCCAGAAGGCUGUGCCAAUUAUUUCUCCGGACAUUUGUGUUCAUAAAUGUGCUCGUAGUUUUUUGCAUUUUCUUUGUCGGAGAGUGGCCCGAGCCAAUAAGCUCUGUCGUAAAUAUGGCAUCAGAGUUCUAUGUGCAGUGUUUCGGGUACAUAUUGCCCCUUCUGUUGCAUUUUGAAUAUUUUCUCAACGUAGUCUUAAGUUAUCUUGUACCAGAUGGAAGUGAUGACCUCGUGACCUUGGACGAUGAAGCAUUAGAGAGAAUGUUGUUUAAUUGAAUCUUUUGUUGCGAAAUGAUAUAUUUAGUAUUGUCUUUUGUCAUGUAACUUUAAACUUAUUAUCUUGCACCCACAAAACCUAUCAAUACUUUGUUCAAUGACUGCAUCAUGUAAGCAUAACUUGUGUCUUGUUUUGACCAUUUUCUGUCCGUUGUUAAACUAUCUAAUUUUAGUACUUGUAGUGAUCGAAAUUUAGAAUUGUUAUGUUUGAUGUUAUGUUUCUUCCUUUAACUUUUGCAAACCAAUGUAGCUAUUAAUCUACCCAAUACUAUAAAAUGGAUAUCUAAAAAGAAAUGCGAGACUGAUGAGAUUAUUAAUAAAGCAAAAAUCGUUGAAAUAAUAUAAUA